AUGAAGAAGCCCUCGGUCGCAGAGACUGUGUUCCAGACACUGUCUCCGAGCAGCAAACAGAACGGCGCCCCGACAUGGACCCAGCAUGUUCAGCGCAACUUAGUACCUGAAGUCAGAGAAGAAGUACAGCGAUAUUUCGGUAGGAUAGACUGUGUAGAAGCACAAUAUCCCGGACUCGAUUACACAUUUGCUCCCCAUCGAAGGAGACUAGCUGGCUUCCAGUGGCACCGCCGACUCUUCCGAGCCUUCGACAGUCUGAACUUGACAAGGGAUGAGAUAUUGAGCUUGUGCAACUGGGAAGGUACCAAGGCAGCCAAGGACCGCUUCGAAAGAGAACAGCAAACAGUCAUAACCUCCACAACGCUCGACGGUGUGGACUCAGAACCCGCAUGUGGUGGGCCUCGUGGCAUACUACACGAUUGGAACGAUUCUAGUCAGUCAACACCACAACGUGCGCAUACGCCGGCUAGCACACCUGCAAACAACUACGAAGGGGUGGACGCUUCUGACGAGGAGGACAUUGAUGACCGUGCUGGAGUUCAAUUAGCUCAAAUUGCUCCUCAUCAAGACGUAGCGACUCGAGAAGUAGGCGACGUGGCUCAACUUGAUGCACAGUGGGAGCAAUGGAUGAAGGAUGCUAUCGAGCGAAACGAGCUGGAUCCGGAAACCAUGAGAACUAUCAUGAGCCAAGGUCGCCCAUCUCAAUCAGUGCCUCCGAAUACUUCAUCCGGCGUACAACCACUACCAAUCGGAUCAGCUACGCCGAUCGACGAGCACGCCGCAUCAACAACAAGACCGCCCACAUCGGCCUCCUUGGGACCUCAGUACCAUCGACUCAGGGAAGCCAUGGAUGAGCUAGCCACCACUAGUGCUAGGAUCACAGCUGAUACGGCUGAUCUACUCGGAGAUGUCCAAACGCCUGCUAGCAGUACUGCAAGACCACGAACGAGAUCGAGUACUGAUCGGGAUCGAGCUAGGCUCUCGACACUUGUGGAAGAGCUGAGCACGAACAAUGCCCGGAUGGACGCCGAGAAUUCGGCUUUGCAGCAUUUCUUGUCGCGGACGAGGACAGAGACUGCGAGAUAG